AUGUUUUCCCCAUUUCCCCUCCUCCGUCUUCCUGGAGUGAUUCUUUGCGAGGUAUUCAAAUCAUUGAGUAUCGGAGAGAAAAUCAAACUCUCGCUCUGCUCUACGAAAAUCACCACUCAAAUUAAUAAUGCCCAAUUCUACUCUCAUAAUGUUAUAGUCAAUCAGGACUUCUUAAGCCACAAAAUCAGAAUUCACUCUGAAAAUAACAAAGAUGUAUUUGAAAUCUUCAUUUGUCCAGAUAUCGGGAAAAAUCACAAUUCAAAUACUCAACGAUGUCCUAUCGCAUGUUGUACUGUACCAGUUAUCUUCAUCCCAACAGGAAUCAAAAUAUUCUGGAAAAUUUAUUCGGAAGGAUUUCUAUCUGUUAUUCAACAUUUAUUGAAGGUGUUUCAAUGCAAGAUCUCAAUUAAUAUUAAUUGUUAUUGUAGUAAUUUAUUUCAACAAACAAUUUCAAAGUUGUUUGAGUUACAACUGGAAUUCAGGACGCUCACUAUUAAAAUUCAACAUCUAAAAAUAUAUAAUAAUUUGGGACUGGUUGAGGAUCUCAAAAUCUUCUCUCUUCCUGAUCCUGAAUUCAUCCCAGUUUUCACUUCAUGGCCACAGAAAAUUACUAUCAUGAAUUCCGCUUGGUUCACUCUGGAAUAUCUUUUGACGUGCACUUGCACUAGAAUUUUACUCGAGGAUUCACUUCUGGGAAACGAAGAUUUGGAUGUGGUACUCAAGAAUUGGAAGGCUGGAGGAUUCCCGAAUCUGGAGUAUCUGUACAUCGAGAGUCAACGUAUUUCAGACAAUGGAUGGACGAUUUUGGGAGUGAAUCUAUUGAAAUUGCGGGGAAAGCAUAUCAAAAAUAAUGAUAGAUCAAAGAAGUUGGUUACGAAAUUGUCUACGAAAUUUGGUUUCGAAAGAAUUGAAAUGUCUGUCACUGUAGUUUAA